AUGUCAGGCACUGGUUUCGUAGCUCCGGCAGACCUGCCACUGUCAGAUGAAGAAGAUGUUGAGCAGGUACAAAGUGCCCCUGCUCAAGCCUCAUCUCAGAGACAUGUUGGCUUCGGCCAGGAUGUGAAGGAACCUUCACCUUCUCAAAGCCACAGAGCAUCGCGAAAAGGCACGGGCUUCGUAUCUCCAGAUGACUUGCCGCAUUCAGAUGAGGAAGACGAUGAGGCACAGCCCGCAACCUCGUCCCGGCAUGUCGGCUUUGACAAGGACGCGCAAGAAGCUUCGCCUUCUCAGAAGCGUCAUAGCGCAUCGCGAAAAGGCACUGGUUUCGUAGCUCCGGCAGACCUGCCACUGUCAGAUGAGGAAGAUGUUGAGCAGGUACAAAGUGCCCCUGCUCAAGCCUCAUCUCAGAGACAUGUUGGCUUCGGCCAGGAUGUGAAGGAACCUUCACCUUCUCAAAGCCACAGAGCAUCGCGAAAAGGCAGGGAUUUUGGGGCUUUGUGGGACUGGAAUCAUGAAGUCAAUGAGGGAAUCUUUGGCACCCGUUGUACCUGCUUAGUCAAUCUUUCUGCGACAAGCUCAAGAAUGUUCAACCAGAGUCCUGCUCACACUGCAGAGCUUGGAUCAAACAUGUUUCCAGACAGUGCUUGGCAGGCACGGGCUUCGUAUCUCCAGAUGACUUGCCGCAUUCAGAUGAGGAAGACGAUGAGGAGGGCCAGCUCGUGUCGGUUCUUUUUGGUUCUUUUUGGUUGA